CCCCGCCCCCGCCGUGCCGCGCCGCGCCGCGCCUCAGAGCCGGGACGGCGGGGCGGGCCUUGCGGCCCAGGCCCAUGCCCAGAGCCCGCCCCGCCCUCAGGCCCUAUGUAAAGUUGGCGGUGGCCGAGUCGGAGGCGUCGGUGGGAACUCACGAGCCUUGCACGCAGAGGCUCUCAGCGCCCCGUCUCCCGCGCCACGGUGUCCCCUUAUUCCCAUACGGGCGCUGUGGGAGGCUGAGGACGGCAUGCGGGACUACGACGAGGUGACCGCCUUCCUAGGCGAGUGGGGGCCCUUCCAGCGCCUCAUCUUCUUCCUGCUCAGCGCCAGCAUCAUCCCCAAUGGCUUCAAUGGUAUGUCCAUCGUGUUCCUGGCGGGGACCCCGGAGCACCGUUGCCUUGUGCCUCACACCGUGAACCUGAGCAGCGCGUGGCGCAACCACAGUAUCCCGUUGGAGACGAAGGACGGACGACAGGUGCCUCAGAAAUGCCGCCGCUACCGACUGGCCACCAUCGCCAACUUCUCUGAGCUAGGGCUGGAGCCGGGGCGGGACGUGGACCUGGAGCAGCUGGAGCAGGAGAGCUGCCUGGAUGGCUGGGAGUACGACAAGGACGUCUUCCUGUCCACCAUCGUGACAGAGGUUUGGUCGCAAGAAUGUGCUGUUUUUGACCAUGGGCAUGCAGACUGGCUUCAGCUUCCUGCAGGUCUUCUCUGUGAACUUCGAGAUGUUUACAGUGCUUUUUGUCCUUGUUGGCAUGGGUCAGAUCUCCAACUACGUGGCAGCAUUUGUCCUGGGUAUGGACAUCAGGUUGGAGGAACAGAAAUUCUUUCCAAGUCAAUUCGAAUUAUAUUCGCCACCUUAGGAGUUUGCAUAUUUUAUGCGUUUGGCUUCAUGGUGCUGCCACUGUUUGCAUACUUCAUCAGAGACUGGAGGAUGCUGCUGCUGGCGCUCACUGUGCCAGGGGUGCUAUGUGGGGCUCUCUGGUGGUUCAUCCCUGAGUCCCCACGAUGGCUCAUCUCUCAAGGCCGAAUUAAAGAGGCAGAGGUGAUCAUCCGCAAAGCUGCCAAAAUCAAUGGGAUUGUUGCACCUUCCACUAUCUUCGAUCCAAGUGAGUUACAAGACUUAAAUUCUACGAAGCCUCAGUUGCACCACAUUUAUGAUCUGAUCCGAACACGGAAUAUCAGGGUCAUCACCAUCAUGUCUAUAAUCCUGUGGCUGACCAUAUCAGUGGGCUAUUUUGGACUAUCUCUUGACACUCCUAACUUGCAUGGGGACAUCUAUGUGAACUGCUUCCUACUGGCGGCUGUUGAAGUCCCAGCCUAUGUGCUGGCCUGGCUGUUGUUGCAGUACUUGCCCCGGCGAUAUUCUAUCUCGGCUGCCCUUUUCCUGGGUGGCAGUGUCCUUCUCUUCAUGCAGCUGGUGCCUUCAGAAUUGUUUUACUUGUCCACUGCCCUGGUGAUGGUGGGGAAGUUUGGAAUCACCUCUGCCUACUCCAUGGUCUAUGUGUACACAGCUGAGCUGUACCCCACUGUGGUCAGAAACAUGGGUGUGGGGGUCAGCUCCACAGCAUCCCGCCUUGGCAGCAUCCUGUCUCCCUACUUUGUUUACCUAGGUGCCUAUGAUCGCUUCCUGCCUUAUAUUCUCAUGGGAAGUCUGACCAUCCUGACAGCUAUCCUCACCUUGUUCUUCCCUGAGAGCUUUGGUGUCCCUCUCCCAGAUACCAUUGACCAGAUGCUAAGGGUCAAAGGAAUAAAACAGUGGCAAAUCCAAAGCCAGACAAGAAUGCAAAAAGAUGGUGAAGAAAGCCCAACAGUCCUAAAGAGCACAGCCUUCUAACACCCUGUCCAGAAGGCAAAAAACUGAUUGGAAACCUUCAUGUUGUCAGAAAUGCUCUCCAUGACUGAGGGCUUUUCUGUUCUGUUAACCUUGUGUCUAACAUGCUCAUGGAUUGGGGCAUCUGUCCUGGAGAGUCACCUUCCUCUAGGGCCACCAAGGCUAACCAAACAGCUUGCACGUCCCAUCACAGUGGUGGAUGUGGGCCUUCCAAAGAAAUGAAUGAGUCUCUUGAACAAGCAGGACUUGGAAGACUAUGAGAAACAUCUGCUAGACAUGCUUUGUUAUUUUUUAAGACCUGAUAAGGGUGCACAUAGAACAGCAGGUCUUUUUCCCUCUCCUUUCCCUAACUGCAGAACUUACAGGAAAGGAAUAAGUGUCCCUCAGGGGCAGUGUGCUUGUCUAGGAUGCACCAGAAGGAAACAAAAAUUUCUUUUCAGAAAAUAAGUGAUUCCAUUGAUAGUUUGAUUUCUCGUCUUUUCUCAGUUAAAAAGUUUUAACUGCAACACUCUUAACUCGUGACAUAACAAAGACUGAGGGAGCCCAAAGGAGACUAAGGUGGAGGCUGGUCCAUAAAGCAGACAAUGUGUUGACUGUGACUGCUCAGUCCCACAGCCAGGUACUGUGUGUGUGGUCAGGGUCCUGGGCUUGUCCAGGCCCUGUGAGAAAUCUACUGUUGAGGCCAAGGCUUGUCUUCCACUGCUGUGUAAAUCAAAAUUCUGGCUGCCAGCCACUUAUCUGUGUCUUGAAGGAAAUGUAUGGAUAACAGAGUGUCCCUUCCCUCUCCCAGCACUGUCAUGGGGAGUUUGUUUGUUUGUCAUCUGCUGUUUAUGUCUCAAGCUAUUUGUCCCUUAGCAGAAGCUUGGGAACUGCCUGUGUUCCCCAGCCCAGGGUCACCCUGGCUGGUGUGCAGUUACCACCAUACAAGGCCUUCCCAAUCUUAGCCACUAGAGCUGCUCUGAGUGCCAAAAAUAAUAACACUAUGCUUCUUCCUUUUACGAUGUAUAAUCAUGAGGAAAAUUACAAGAAAGAAAUGUAAAUUGUGUCACAGUCUCUCAGAGUAGCUGGCUGCAGUCGUGUCACAUCGGUGGGUGUUUUGUGUUCAGUGUGAUUGUCUUCUCUUCUGAUUAUGUUGCCAUGGUGCUCCGAAAGCACAUGCUUCACCCACUUACAAUACAAAACAAACACCAAACCUGUAUUUUGUGAAGGCUACUGAAGUGCCUUGGGCAAUGAAAUGGUUUUAAUAAACAAUGAUUUUUUUUUAAUAAUA